UUGUUUCGUCGUGAUUUUCUGAAAGAUAUCCUGGGCAUAGUCAUCCUGUAGUUGUACUCUCCAAAGUAUGGAUUUGAAUCGAUAGGAUUCAAAUGUGCUGUCCUCUUGGUAAUAAUCUUACUUGCCAAAGAUCUUACGGGUACAAAUACCGAAGGCAUACCUGAAGCGAUAUCUUCUACAGAGCACCAUAAAAUGGCAGAAAUGCGCUAAUGCUUCCUUCAGUCAUUAGCGAACCUUUCAAACUUAAGCACUCAUUCCCUAAGCAAAUUGGAUGGAAGAUGAAGAACAUCUUUCUGACCGUCGUUACACUAUCCGGGCUCUACAUGUUGCCCAUCUGUUCGGGACAUCUUCCCUACUUCAACAACCGACCAACACCUUCAAGAGUAGUUGCCAAGCCAAACUACUGGUACACACACGGCUCUCAUGCUUCGUAUUACCACCAGAAAGAGAACUUUGCAAGAUGGCCACAUGCUUCCUCUAAACCGCUUGGUCCUUUCCCCUGGCAGAAGAAAAUUCUCUCACCCCAGUACAACACCCACAGGCCAUCCUCUUCGACCAUGAUACAUACUGUAAAGCAUAACCGUCCACCUCCAGCUCAACAUCCAAUCGGGGAAGCUACACCGGAGGAUGGAUCGAAUCUUUCGAUCUUAAUACAUCAACUUCAGCAAAAGCUGCAACAAGUGGAGCAACAGCUAGCCGAAAACGGUACUCCCAAACCGGACGAUCCGCAGCAAGGCGUGAUUGAAGCAGCAGGCCCUAAACCACAUCCGCAGCAAAUGGAGGAACCGGACAGCGAUCCUUUUUGGGUGAAAUUGGAUGUCGUAAACAAGCCGCUAGACCCUGAACGUUUAGUGAAAACCAUCAAAAUACUGUUGGAAAAUUUAAAAGAAUCCACCACCCCGCCGCCGGCGGACACUUCCGACGAGAAUGUGUACAAUUUAAUCGACAUUCGGGGUAAUUUUCUAACGCGCUAGAAAUUACUUGCAUAUUGCAGUACAAUAAAAGUGCUUAUUACCGGUCGAAUUGUUUCGCGGUUGGUUUAUUUA